AUGGCCUCCGCCCUCGAUGCGAUUCUUGCCAAGUACACUGCCGCCGGCGACGACACCAAAGACAAGCUCCUCGGCGCCGCCUUCGUCGUCGUCGGCAAAGAUGGCGUAUUGUACAGCAGCUCAGCAGGCCGCAUCGAUCUCGCCGCCGACGCGCGCCCCUGGGCCGUCGACACCUUCACCUACGUCGCCUCCAUGACCAAGCUCAUCACCUGCACCGCCGUCAUGCAGCUCGUCGAGCGGGGCGCCGUCGGCCUCGACCACGACAUGCGCAAGAUUGUACCCCGGCUUGCUGACAUGCAGAUCCUCCGAGGCUUCGACGGGGACGAGCAGCCCAUCCUGGAAGACAAUACCACCCCCGUCACGCUCAGGAUGCUCCUCACGCACACCGUCGGAUUGGGGUACGACGUCGCCGACCCCGACCUCACGAAGUGGCGGCAAAAGACCAACAGCGCCGCCACGAACCUCUACGCCACUCUCGACGGCUUCACCACGCCCUUCAAGUUCACCCCCGGCGAGGGCUGGAAUUACGGCACGGCCAUCGACUGGGCCGGCCAGGUACUCGAGAAGGUCACGGGCCAGAGGCUCGGCGAGUACCUCUCAGAGAACGUCUUCGGCCCCCUCGGCAUGCAAGACACGGGAUUCUGGCCCGAUGCGCUCCCCCACGUUGCCGAGCGAACCGCCGCGUGGCAGUACCGCGGCGACGACGGGUCGUCUCUGGCCCCCGGCCCCGCCCCGCGGAACCCGGCCCCGGACGCCAUCGACAGCGGCGGCGCAGGGCUGUGGACCACCGCCAAGGACUACGGCAUCUUCCUGCGCGCACUCCUGGGCGGCGAGCUCAUCGGGCCCGAGACCCUGGACGCCAUGUUCGCCCCGCAGCUGGACGGGAAGCAGACGGCCAUGCUGAAGGAGGUCGCGGACUUCUUCGGAUCUCUCGCCGUCGAGUUCGCCCCUGGCAUGGAGCUCAACCACGGCCUGGCGGGGUGCCUCAACAUGAGCGACGCACCGGGGAAGCGGAGGAAGGGCAGCCUGCAGUGGAGCGGCAUGUGUAACAGUCACUGGUGGAUGGACCGCGAGACGGGCGUCGCCGCCGCGCUGAUCGUGCAGUCCAUACCGCACGGCGACCCGGUCGUGACCAAGCUGUACGACGAGCUGGAGAGGGCCGUCUACGGCCGGCUCCUCAGGCAGCAGGCAUAG